CUCCUCCUCCUCCUUUCUUCCUUCCUUCACCUCUUUCCUUCACCUGCGCUCUCGAUGGUUCUCGUGGUGAGCCGGCGGGGGAGCGGCAGUGUCGCGGGUAGCGCGCUGCGCUACGAACCCCCUCUGGGUGGACUCGGCCUCAAGUGAGUUUCCUGCUGCGGUGUUGUUAUGCAUCGCCACUUGGGAGACAAAGGCGGCCGUGCGCGGUGCUGGCCACCCCCACCCCUUCUCGUGCUACUUCAUAGGUCCUGCUCGCUAACAGCACUUGUCCGCAACACUCUGUUAAAAGGCUUACGCGGAGGGGGGUUUUGCGGAUCUUUGUCUCUUGGCUACGAGUUACUCCUUCACCUGCGCCCUUGAUGGUUCUCGAGGUGGUGACCCGCUGUCAAAAGCGAUAGCAUGUUGGCAUCCCAGCAUUAAAUGUUUCACAUCACAGCAAGCUCUGCGGUAUUGGUCGUGUGAGUAGCCGGAUGGUGCCGAUGUUUACACGCCGCGAUUUGCUCGCUGCUACACGGUUCGAGAGGAGCCGUGGGGCGGUAAUGGGACUCGGGUCGCGCAUUGCGCUAACCACUUCCGCCAAUCUCGUACCAUACAGAUGCGCCCCUACCGAUAUCUCUUUAAGUGUUCAGGGAAUGUCUUGUUCUUCCAUCGGUGGCUUGCAUUUUCGUGUGUUUUUUUUUAUUCAAUGAGGUUAUACGAAUGGAAAUCAGGAUCACGUGCAGGAAGCAAGGCGGGGAGGAUUUAAUAUGGUUAAACGAACACGGGGCAGAAUGAACGCGGCUUCUGAGCUGUCUCCACCAACAGCAGCAGCAGGAGGAGGAGGAGACUGCAAAUGUUCACAUGAAGGAAGAGCUGAUGAAGCCGGACGUGACAGAGCCGGUGGCAGGAGUGACGGAGCAGGGAGAGGGUAUGGUGCAGGAGGUGCACAAACUGGUGAAAGAGGUUGUGAAGUUGGAGGGGGUGGAAGAGGUGCUGCAAGUGGAGGUGGUGGACUUAGUGGGAGGCAUGGCGAAGUUGAUGGAGGAGAUAGAAUUUUAGAAUCUGGUGGAGCUCAAGGUGGAAGCCCCAUUGCUGUAAGCGGUGGAGAAAGUGGAGACGCUCAGGCUGGAGGUGGUGGAACAGGUGAAGGAAACGGCGGCCCUAGCCACAGCCACAGCAGCAGCAGCAGCAACAUCAAUAGCAUCGGCGGCAGGCGGAGGAACUCUGCCCGAGAAGGAGACAUGGACCUGGACGACGAAGAUGAGGACGACCUCGAGCUCGAAGGCUUCGAGGAGCUCUCGCUGUCCGAGCUGCCCGCGGCAGGCAGCGAUGCCGGCUUGCUGUGCGGCUAUCUGAACAAGGUGGCCGGCAAGGGGCCCCUGCGAGCCGCCAAGACUCGCUGGUUCGCGCUGGAGGCGAGCUCCUGCUCGCUGCUCUACUACCGAGACCCGAAACAAGUGAGGCCACUGGGCCGCAUAUCGGUGGCGCACGCCUCCUUCUCCUACGACGUGGACGGCGAGCCCGGCCGCUUCGAGAUCCGCACGCCAGAGCGACGCUGUGUCCUGGAGGCGGCAGACCAGCAGACGAUGCUCUACUGGCUGCAAGAGCUGCAGAAGAAGCGGUGUGAGCACAGCCUGGGCAUCGGCACCGCCUCUGCCGCCGACACUCUCUCUGCCGGACUUGUGGCACGGUCUGCGCAGGCCGAGGAGGCGGGUGGUGCGAGUGAAGGGCCGCACACGGAGCCACUGCCCCCGAUCCUUCCACCUCUCCCUGAGCCCACAGGCCUGGUGGGACAGCUGGCAGCAAUUCUUCCUGCUCCCAUGCAGCCUACUGCCCUCUCCAAUUAUUCACUCAAGCACUUGGGCACCGAGAUACGAAAUUCCAUGAGCCAGUUGCGGGUGGGCAGAGGUGGCCGCGAGAAUCGCCGUAGUCAGCUCUACCAGGAAGCGGCCGACACGGACAUCGUGGACACUGUGGCUCUCCCCAGGGAGCAGGACAGCACAGGGCCAAACCCCCAGGCAUAUCCAGAGCCAGCACCACGGCAGCGAAUGUCGCUGGGUGGCUUCCGGAACAAGCUGGGGAUGAAGAGGAGGCCUCUGAGCAGGGCUUUGAAUGACACUGAAAACCUUGGGGUCCCAGUGGACACCAGCGAUGCUGACCUGGAGAUGGAGGUGUCCAGAUUACGGCAGGAGCUGGACACACAGAAGGAGGUUGUACGGCUCCUGCAGCAGAGUUUGCACUCCGUGCAUCAGGAGCAGCGGAGGCGAGAGCGCGAGAGCUCAACUCUGCAGCGCAACAUCCUGCAACAGGCGCAGCAGCGGGUGCAGAAGCUGUCGAGCCGGGUAGAGACCGUGUACGCCCGGCCGGGCUCCUCGGAGCAAGCUGACGCAUCUGCAUCUCCUGGCGAUGGCGGCGGGAGAGCAGCGAGCACUAGCGACGUCCCUGUCACGCUGCUCAUUGACUUUGCAGUGCCAGUGAGUCCCAAGGCGGAGGAGGGUGGCAAUCAGGCGUGCGAUAAGAGUGACGCUCAGCACCGGGCAUCCGUUGGGUUUGUUGAGCGAGAGGUCGGGGAGAGUUUGACGGAAGAAGGCGGCGGCGGCUCUCUGCGGCAGGAGGUUGCAGCGCUGAAAAAGAAAGUGGAGGAGCUGCAAGAGAUUGUGAGGACUUACUCGGUCGUGAUUCAGGUCAAGGACGAGACGAUUGUGCACCUCACCAGGCGCCUUGGUGAGAAGGAGUUGAGGGAGGGCAUGGCCACAGCCACUUUGAGUGGCAUGAGGAACCAAGGCAUUCACGUCCAACAAGAGGAGAUGCAAAAACUGGAGGACGACAUCCUUGCCUACAAGACACAGAACAAGUUCCUCAACAAGGAGAUUAUGGAACUUGGGCAACUGUGGAAAAGGGCAGAGGACAGAGAGGCAGCACUGCAGGAAAAGAUGUGCAUGCAGGAGGCUCGCUGCUGCCAGCUGGAGAGCCGCUACCUGGUGCUGCUGCAGGAGGCGAGCGGGCCUCUGCGCUCGGGCACCAGCGAGGAUUCCCACUCACAGGAGAUGGUGUCCCGUCUUCUGGAGGAGGCCAUGAUGGCCGACGUGUAUACGCCCGACGGCACUGAACACCAGCAACAGCAGCUGAUCGCGCGGCCCAUCCUGACCAGUGAGUAUGACCAGUACGGCUUCCGGACGGAGCCGGAUGGCCUGGGCGAAGAGGAACGCCUCGCGGCCAAGGCACUGGCCCUGGACCGCCGCUCGCUCAGCAUCAUCGAGACUCGCCUGGACGCGUCGCUGCGCGUCAAGUGGGAGAACAUGCUGGCCGCGAGCCGCGAACCGAGCCGCUCCCCCGAGCUCAAGAUGCUGAUGCGCUCUGGCGUGCCGCACGAACUCCGCUCGCGCGUGUGGCGCUGGGCCGUGGAGCAGCACGUGCGCGCCAUACGUGGCCGCCACGCCGCCUCCUACUACUGCGAGCUGCUGGAACGCUCGCACGGCCAACACAACCCGGCGGCGCGGCAAGUUGAGCUGGACCUGCCGCGCACGCUGCCCAACAAUCGGCACUUCGAGACGCAGUCAUCCGAGGGCAUCGUGAAGCUGCGGCGCGUGCUGCUCGCAUACGCGUGGCACAACCCUGAGGUUGGCUACUGCCAGGGGCUCAACAGGCUGGCAGCAAUCGCCCUCAUAUACCUGGAGGAGGAGCAGGCGUUCUGGUGCCUCGUUGCCAUAGUGGAGUGCCUCAUGCCACCCGACUACUACAGCAAGACGUUGCUUGCAUCACAGGUGGACCAGCGCUUGUUCAAGGAGCUGGUGACGGAGAAGUUGCCGCGUCUGGCUGCCCAUUUUGAGCAGCAUGGCGUGGACGUCUCGCUCAUCACCUUCAACUGGUUCCUGGUGCUGUUUGUGGACAGCGUUGGCAGCGACAUGGUAUUCCGCAUCUGGGAUGCCUUCCUCUACGAGGGCACCAAGGUGAUUUUCCGCUAUGCGCUGGCAAUGCUGAAGUGCCGCGAGGAACAGUUAAUUAAGCAUCACAGCAACUCUGCAAUCUUCAAUUAUCUACGCAUCUUUACUCAUUCCAUUCAUGAUUACAGGCAGCUGGCCACGAUUGCCUUUGUGGACAUGAAUCCAUUCCCGAUGCGCUACAUCAACCAGAAGCGGGUGCAGCACCGGGACCGCGUGCGUGCCGAGCUGAGUGAGCUGGAACGCGUCCGUUUGGAGUUUGUGCGCCAUCGACAGAACAUCGGAGUUGAAGAGAAAAGCUUCCUCUCCGAGGAGGAGGAGGAUUCCUGAAUGGGAACGACUCGGAUAUCAUGGCCGUUAAGCACAGUGAUUGGAACGAUUUUGCAUGCAGCAAUAGAAGGAAAAUCUGCACAGUGACACGUAAACAUAUAAAGGUAGAGGAGAUAGAAUUCAGCUGUAUGGCAGAGUGAGCGUUUUGGUAUGGAUUUAUUUUUUAAAUAGCAUGUCAUUACUGGUCAAGUGGAGCUGUGGUACAGUGGUCUGUGUAUUGGUCUAUCAACCUGGUGUCCUAAGUUGGAUUCCUUGCCAUGGAUAGCUUCAGUGACAAAUAUAUCUGCAAUGGUAAUAAGCUCCCCCUUGCCUCCAGAAUCAGAAUUUAUAUUUGUACUGGAGGAAUCCGAUGAGCUAUAAAGCUAUUUUCUUAGAUGUCCAGUAGGGGCGGGUCAGAACGUAACAACAACAAACAAUAAAAAACACACAUGAUAGGAGUGCUAAGUAGAGGAAAAGUAAGCAAAAAAAUGACGACAUUUAGAGGCCAUCUAUUGCUGGAUUGACAAAGGACUGUUUUGUUUUUAUUUCCGGUAAGUAAGAUGCAAGUUUUUUUUUGCCAAACUUUCAUUUUUUCUUUGAGGGCCCAAGCUCCUUAGCCUGAACUGUGCGGAUUAUGUUUCAUUUAAAAGGCAGUGAUAAGUACUGAUCAUCCAUUCUUGCAUGCUCUAAUCUAAUAAAUAAAUGGCAGCAGUGAAGCUUUUGCCUGCAUUUUUCUUUGGGGACUUAUUUACGUUUGAAAGGGAUUUGAUCAUUUAAGUUAAUAGAAAUCUAAAGGAGUUUGAACACAAUUUUAAUUGCACUAAUUUGAUAUGCAAACAUUGUUUGUACUAGAGGAGAUGCAUUGCAACUGCAUUGCAGAGUUAGACGUUUUUUUCUUGUGGAAGUGUAUUUUUUAGCCUGCUUUCAGUACAAUCUGUUUUUACUUAAGGAUUUCUUUUGCAAGUGUAUUUCACUUGUUGCAUUUACCAUGAAAUAUGCAUUGGCCUGCGUUGUAAAAACUAUAAUCUGUUGCACAAAGCAGGGCAAAUACCAAUCUAAAGUGUUAUUGUUACAAAAAAGCAUCUGUAUCCUAAUAUGUCAUUGUACUUCUAGAAUCCACUUAUAGUAGAACCUUCAUGAUAACUUUCCCUUGCUGCAAAGGCCUGAUUGUAUUAUCUGCUUAUAGCAUCUCUAUUUUAUCUGCACUUUUUCAUUAGCAGACUAUAUGGUAGUUGAAUAUGUAAUCCUUAUUCAUUGGCAACAAAUGCAUUUCCUUACAGAACUGUAGAUUGAGAUGAUAAAAUAGUCACUUAGUAAAGAUGGUCCAGAUUUAAACAAAAUUGAAAGUGACAAACUUGGUGUUUUAUUUCCGUACACCCUUGCUGUAUUAUUUCAUAUUAUCAUAACUGUUACGAUGUGAAUACUUUUUUUAAAAGAAAGUAUAACCUACUUUUGUCCAAACACAGUAAUACUUUAUCUUUCUGGUUUGGCAAAAAGUAGUUUAUAAAACAAAUAUUACUAAAAAUAUCUGUGCAUAAGAAUUUACCAAUUACAAUCGUGUUUGAUUGAUGUUUCACCAUUGCAAAAAAAAAUUAAAAGUGUUUACAGAAUUUAGACUUUCCUGAACUAAAUGAUGUUCAUAAGUACUGCACUUAAAUAUUCGUUUCAUUGUUUAAAUCUAAAUUUUUCAUAAGUUGUAGUAGUUUUUAUUAAAAUGCUUUAUUGAGCAUAAGCUGAUCUGUGCCUUUUUCCACUUUGAGUGUUUUGCUAAAUGAAAUUCGUUUAUCUGUUGCUCUUCCGUUAAAAAUGACACGCAAUUUUUGACGUUUUUCGUUUGUUACAUAUCACUGAAUAAAUGUUUUCGGUUUA